AUGUCGUUCCUCAGAAAAGUCGUGCACAAUGAUGCCGUCAAGCUUGACCCUCCAGAGGUCUACAACUGGAGGGUCUUCGCGCUGGCAGCGGCAGCUUGCUUCGGCGGAACCCUAUUCGGAAUGGAUAUCGGCAUCAUUGGCGGAGUGUUGACGUUGCCUGACUUCCAAGACGAGUUCGGCCUCACAGAAAAGUCCAAGAUCGCAAAGUCCAACCUUUCGGCCAACUUGGUUUCGGUCAUGCAAGCCGGUGCCAUCGUUGGCGCCCUGGCCGCCAAUCCUCUGGCCGACUGGAAGGGACGAAAGAUCACCAUCUACGUUGUCGCCACAUUUGCUUUCAUUGGCGGUCUUCUCCAAGCACUCUCGUACGGUCACAUCUCGUGCUUCUAUGUUGGACGAUUCGUGGAGGGUUUGGGUCUCGGCGGAGCCACCAUGGUUGCGCCCACCUAUGUGGCCGAAAAUGCUCCCCGUGGUAUCCGGGGCCUGCUCGUCGGGUUCUACCAACUGUUCGAAACAAUGGGCGCGAUGAUUGCGUUUUUCAUCAACUACGGCAGUCUUCUACACUUGAAGGGCCACGCCACUUGGAUCGUGCCCCUGUCGAUGCAAUCCCUCCCACCGUUCCUCCUCUUCACAGCCAUCCUGUUUUGUCCCGAAAGUCCCCGCUGGCUCGCGUCCCAGGACAAUUGGGACGAUGCGUCGAGAAUUCUUUCCCAGGUCCGGGGCCUGCCGACAACCCACCCUUAUGUGCAAGCCGAGCUCCUGGAAAUGCAGACACAACUUGAAGCUGAGCGAGGCCGUGCCGGUGGUAACAGCUACUGGGCGUUGACUAAAGAGGCGUGGACGAUCCCUGGCAACCGCCGACGUGCGAUCAUGGCUAUUGGACUGAUGUGUGCCCAACAAUGGACCGGCACCAAUGCUAUCAACUACUACGCUCCCACCAUCUUCACGAAUCUGGGCGUCACGGGAAAUACGCAAUCGCUCUUCGCCACCGGAGUGUACGGCAUUGUCAAGAUGUGCUCUUGCGGCAUCUUCAUCCUUUUCCUCGCCGACACGCUCGGUCGACGAUGGUCGCUCGUCUGGACCGGAUUCUUCAUGUGGUUCUGCAUGUUCUACCUCGGGUUCUUCGUCCGGUUCGAUGCCCCCAAGAAAGGCGCGCCCAUCUCGGGCGCGGGAUACGGCGCACUGGUGAUGGUGUAUCUCUUCGCGGCUGCGUUCCAGUUCGGCUGGGGCCCCGUCUGUUGGAUUUACAGCUCCGAGAUCUCUACGCAGCGGCUCCGAGGAUUGAUCGUGUCGUAUGCGGCCGCCACGCAGUGGGUUUUCAACCUGGCCGUCGCGCGCGCCACGCCGGUCAUGCUGGUCACAGUGGGCGGUCCCAGCGGGUACGGCACUUACUUCAUCUACGGCUCCUUCUGCUUCACCAUUGCGGUCGGGGCGUUCUUCCUCGUGCCGGAGACGAAGGGCCUUUCUCUCGAGCGCAUGGACGAGUUGUUCGGCAUGACCGACUUUAGCGGUGUCCAGGAUAUUGGCGUGGCGUCCAAGGCUGCCAAGGGUGACAUUGAGGCCGUGCACGUGGAGACUAAGUGA